AACUGUGCUGUUGCCAGCCGUCGAGAGAAAGAAACGCGCAGGGGAGGCAUUGUUUUGGCGCAGUAACAUUUCUAAGCGGCUCUCUGUGCUUGUCUUCAGCUGCAUCGUCUGGCGACGGACCUUUCCCCCCGUCUCUGAUUUCUGAAUUUUAAGAAUUGUUGGGAUUCAGACAUUUACUGUUAUUACGGAGAAUAUCUAAUCAAGGUAAAGCCGUAAACAUGAGUUCGAUCAACGUGAAAAAGCUGAAGGUAAACGAGCUGAAGGACGAGCUUAAGAAGCGGCAGCUUUCAGACAAGGGGCUUAAGGCCGAGCUGAUGGACCGGCUGCAGGCCGCUCUUGAUCUGGAGGCCCAAGCCGGAGGCUCCUUUACCGGACCGGAGUCGGAGGAAAAUGGCGCAGAGGGCGGCUGCGACGAAGCGGGUGGCCUAAAUGACAUGGGCGAGGAGGACCUAGAGGAUGAUCUGGUGGGAGAGAGCAUGGAGGCCGACGAGGAAGAGGAUGGGGACGGCGGUGAGGUGGAUCCCGAUGACAGCGCUCCGGCCGGGGCCGGCGACGCCGGGGCCAGCGGGCAGCAGGACGACGAGAUGGGGGAAGAGGAGGAGGAGGAAGAUGCCGGUGUGGAGAUGGAUAAAUAUGACGAAGACGACGAUGCGAUCCUGAAAGACGACGAGGAAAUGGAUAAAUUUGAGGAGGACGACGGCGCGCUGGGAUCGCAGUCGGCGGAGGGGGAUGCGGACAAAGACAAGAAAGCUGAACAGAAGAAUAAGAAGGGUGUUAAGAGACGCCGAGAGGAACAUGGAAGGGGCUACUUUGAAUUUAUUGAAGAAAGCAAAUACAGCCGGGCUAAGUCUCCACAGCCCCCCCUGGAGGAAGAGGACGAAGAGUUCGACGACACCACGGUCUGUCUCGACACGUACAACAGUGACCUGCACUUCAAAGUGUCACGUGACCGUUACAGUGCCUCUUCUCUCACCAUGGAGAGUUUUGCUUACCUGUGGGCUGGGGGCAAGGUCACAUACGGCGUGUCCAAUGGCAAGGCUUGCUUCGAGAUGAAGAUCAUUGAAAAGAUAGCGGUGAAGCACAUCUCCAGCAAGGGUAUCGACAUCCAUGACGUCCUGGUGGGUUGGUCUUUAGCCAACAGCAGUCUUCUCCUCGGUGAACAGGAGCACUCCUAUGCUUAUUCAGUGAAAGGGAAGAAAACCACCAACUGUGUGACUGAAGACUAUUCGGACAGCUAUGACGAGAAUGACGUCAUCGGCUGCUUUGCGAACUUUGAGAAAGACGAGGUUGAGUUGUCCUACUCCAAAAACGGCAAGGACCUGGGCGUGGCCUUCCGGGUCAGCAAGGCCUCCCUGGCUGGGCGACCCCUCUUCCCCCACGUCCUCUGCCACAACUGCGCCGUGGAGUUCAACUUCGGCCAGAGGGAGACUCCAUACUACCCUCCAAUGGAGGGCUUCACCUUUCUACAGCAGAUCGCAGUGGAGGAGCGAGUGCGGGGGCCCAAGGGGCCCGACAGCAAGGAGGAAUGUGAGGUUAUAGUUAUGGUGGGUCUGCCAGGGGUAGGGAAGACCACCUGGGUCACCAAGCACACAGAGGAGAACCCCGGAAAGUACAACAUCCUGGGCACCAACACCAUCCUGGAGAAAAUGAUGAUUGCUAGCUUGAAGCGACAGAUGAAGGACACCACCAAGCUGCAGGCCGUCUCCCAGCGUGCUCCUCUCUUUCUUGGCAAGUUCAUCGAGAUUGCGGCUCGCAAGAAAAGGAACUACAUACUUGACCAGACCAACGUGUCAGCUCCAGCCCAGAGAAGGAAAAUGUGCCUCUUCGCCGGGUUCCAGCGCAAGGCGGUGGUGGUGUGUCCCACAGACGAGGAUUAUAAGGACCGGACGCAGAAAAAGACAGAGACAGAUGGCAAAGACGUCCCAGAACAGGCAGUCCUCAAAAUGAAAGGGAUCUUCACGUUGCCAGAGGAGGGCGAGUGUUUCAACAAGGUGAUCUACGUGGAGCUGCAGAAGGACGAGGCCGUGAAGCUGCUGGAGCAGUACAAGGAGGAGAGCAAGAAUGCCCUCCCCCCCGAGAAAAAGCCCAACCCAGGCGGGGCGCCCACUAAGAGGGGGGGCAGUCGAGGCCGAGGGGGCAAGAACCAGUUCAGCAGAGGCGGUGGCCUCGGCCCAAGGGGUGGCAGGGGCGGAUUCCAAAACCGGGGCAACUUCCGAGGAGUCCCUGGACCGCGGGGUGGUUUCAGCAGGCCCCCCAGGGGAUUCCUGCCCCCUCCAGCAUUCCGGGGGGGCUUCUCCAACCGUGGCAAUUUCAACCGCAGCAGUGGUGGCAUGCCAAACCAGGGUGGGGCUCCCAGGGGUGCACCUGGGCGGGGCAACAUGGGGAACAGGGGAGGGGCCAUGCAGAGGGGCAACUUGAGCCGUGGGGGCGGAGCCAACCGUGGAAACUUCAGCCAGAAGUUUAGGGGCAGGGGGGGCAAUAACCGUGGCUUCAAGAAUGGAAACUUCGGCAUGAAUAAAGCUCAGGCUUUCAACCAGAGCUGGCAACAAGGGUUCUGGAACCAGAAGCCAUGGAGUCAGCAGUACCAUCCAGGAUAUUACUGAAGCGUUGGCAAGAAGGGAGAGCGGGACACUGGACCGACAGCCCCCGCCACUGCAGGCAUCCAUUCAUAAACCCUUUUUUAUAUAUAUAUAUAUAUAUAAUCAUAGAGAUGUCAUUUUAAAGAUACAUUCCACGGCUGAGAAGUGCCUGGGGAUUCUGUUCUAAGCUUUAUCAGUUGACUCUGUAGCGCCGCCUCCCUUGAUUUCAAGCUCAUGCUUUAAGAUGUUUUAAUGUCAGGAACCUCAGCAUUUGUCCAGGGUGGAAUGUUUUGGGUUUUUUUUUUUAUUAUUAUUAUCAUUAUUAUUUUUGUUUAAAUGACUUUCAGGGUUCCGUGUUUUAUCUUUAAAAUGUGGUUUUUACUAAACUCCAAUUUUGAAUCUGUUUAGUCUUUACCGGUGUGUCACACGGCACUCCCAGAGAUUAAAAAAAAGAAAAAAGCACUCCUUUUACAAGCAUGUCAGUUGUAUUCGUAGUCAUAGAGAUGCUACUAUCCUAAUGAGCAAAGCUGAUUAUUCAAAGUCUAACUUUAAAAGAAAAAAGCUUAAUUUCUUUUUGUUAGGCUGUAAGAGCAAAGCCACAGCUUACAAUAAAAGGGGUUUUUCUUCCCAGCUUGUGUGUUUCACGGUUCAUUUCAAAGGUUUUAAACAACCUUUCUGAGUUGAAGAGCCUGCUGUGGAGAAUGGAGGGAUCUGCCUGGUUUGUCUCUCGACCAGGCAGGGCGUGAAAGAGGAUUCGCUCUCUGGUGAUGCCAACCCUGCCGUCUUCCCAAAGCGUAACAUUUUGUGGGAGGCUUAAAGUACAGGCACUGAUUACAUCCUUCUAAGUCUUCGAGUAACUGAGCUUUUUUAAUCACGUUAUUAAUGAUGACCACUCCUCUAAUGCUUAGUACUGUGCUCAUUUCUGAGGAGCGGUGAAUGAGGUAAUGUAGCAGUUUUGACAUGCUUAGUCAUUUUUUUAAUGUGUAAAUAUUUUUAAUAGUUGACGGCACAACAUUCCUUUUGAAAACAGGGCACAUUUUGUUUGCUCAAAAAUGGAAAAAAUAAUGCAGUUUUGUCAAGGGGCAGAAUGGGGGCAGUUUUUUUUUUUUAGUUAUUUCUUGAGUUAUUGAUAUAUAACAUUAACAUUCAAGUUAACUUGCAUCAGUGCUUUUUUGUGAAGGAUAGUCUUUCGUUUUAUUGUGUUUACAAGGCGCUUUAAAUUUUGUCAUUUACGUGUUAAUUCUUCGUGAUCUACGACUGAACCAUCAUAGAUUUGCUGGGCCUUUUAACAAGUGUACAUAUUUGUUGUAUUUAUUAUAUUUUAGUAUACUUAAAUAGCAUUGUGAAAUUGCAUUCUGGGUUACACUAAAAAUCACUGUCUGGAAGAUACUUUAAGAUGUGAUCAGCUCACCCUGAGAUCAGUCCUGUAAAUGAUCACUCCGUCAAUGCAGGAAAACUGGGAAAAGAAUUCAGUGGUUGGAGUAUUCUCUUACCAAAAGGUAUUAACACAUUACAAGACAGAGUUGCUUCAUACUGGUCAGUUACUGCUUCCUCAUGGAAGUGGUUCAGAAACUAAAAAAAAAUUCUACUGGACCAGAUGGUUCAUCAGUGGGACUUAUUGAAAAGUCCUGUGUACAUUCAGCACUUGAAUGCAUGGUUAGCCUGCGGGUGGGACACGUCCCUAUAAGGCAGCCGAUUGGUGGUGGGACACGUCCCUAUAAGGCAGCCGAUUGGUGNGGUGGGACACGUCCCUAUAAGGCAGCCGAUUGGUGGUGGGACACGUCCCUAUAAGGCAGCCGAUUGGUGCUUGCGGCUCUUCGCCCCAGUAGUUGCAUUGCUGAUGGAAACUGGAUGUUUUAUCCCGCCAGUUCAAAUACCCCCUUGAACUGGGAGCUGUAACUUUCCCAGCAACAUAAGUUCCUUCAAUUAUCCAGUAUAGUUCCAUUUUAAUUUUAUAAGAUGAGGAGGCACGAUGCAAAAUAUUCAGUUUGUUCACAAACAGGUCUGAUGCAAGGACAGCCAUCCUUUUUAUUGCUAAAUGCAACGUGAUUUUUAAAGUAGAAUUUUACUGCAGAUAGACAGUAUCUAUUUAAAGUUGAAUUUGGUCACGGAGAAAUGUUUUGUAUAGAAUAAAAACUAAGGCAUGCACUGUAAAAUUUUGCAAGUGGUUUGAAGUGAAGCUUGCUUGUUUUAGUGUUUGUGGAUGUACACAUCUGAAGUAUUUGGUCAGGUAAUGCUUACCAUUCAGAGGUAAUGUUAAAGUUUUUGUAUAAUACUUAACCUUUUUUGUUUGUUUUUUAUACCUUGCUAUGUUUUGUAUUUUGCUAUGAGAAAAUUAAAAGACAAUAAGCUGA